AUGGCCUGCAACAGCCUCUGCCGACCCUGCGGACCCACCCCGCUGGCCAACAGCUGCAACGAGCCCUGUGCCCUGCAAUGCCAGGACUCCCGCGUCAUCAUCAACCCUUCCCCUGUGCUGGUCACCCUGCCAGGACCCAUCAUGACCUCCUUCCCCCAGAGCACCGCCGUCGGAUCCACCUCCUCGGCUGCCGUGGGCACUGAACUCAAUGCCCAGGGACAGCCCAUCUCUGGGGGAUUUGGCUUUGGCCUUGGCUAUGGGCUGGGAGGCCUGGGCUGUGGCUAUGGCAGAAGGGGCGGCUACAUCUGCUAA